UUCAGCUUGAAAUGAAAAUUAAUCGAGUAUUUUUACAAGACUUGAAUAAAAAUGUUGUAUGUUGUUGUAUUCUAUGUCUCCAUUUUCUCAUAUCUCACAUUUUUUAUUCGUUUGUCAAUUAACAUUACCUGGAAAAGGAGCUUGAAACUUUUCUUACAAUUUCUGACUCCAUUGUUGACCUUUCUGGUUUUCUAAAGCAUUUUCGACUUUUUUUCUCCAGCGCCUGCCAUUCGAUGUUAUUGUCAAGGUCUUUGGUCUGGACUUGUCUCUGGGUUUCAUUUGGGUUUAUUCACUUUUAUGGCAUCUAUGGACGCGACAGCUGAGCACCAAUCGAAACGCAAGACUGUGCAGCGAAAAGCAAAACAAAAGUAAGGAAAAGCACAACAGAGAGCAACAUGAACUGCGUUAGUUUGAAAAUGAAAUUGAAAACGUUACGCAUGCGUUUUCAAUGACUCCAGCGGGGGCAGGAGGAGCACAGGAGGGGGACCCUCUUCGCUGCUAUUGAAUGACACAAAGCAUUAGGAGAAAUAGUUGAUGCCGCGCAUAGACAAACGCACUGAAGUAAAUGGAAAAUUGCAUUCACAAAAGUGCAGCAGCUGGAAACGUGAGGUGAAGCAGAGCCAGAUGCCGCCUCCAUCUUCUUCUUGGACUUGGAUAACCCAAUGCCCCUUACGGCUCCUGCUUCACUGAGGAAAUGUGAUAUGUGCGCUCGCUGUCUGCUUUGUCAUCUCAUUCGUUUUUGUUUUUCUCUCGCGAAAGUCAAUAAAAGUGGGAAAGUCUACAGCGGCCUCGGUCAGAAGUUGUCCAGCUAUAAGCGUGUCCAAACGCCAGGAUUACCAAAUAGCAGCAGGAGCAGGAGACAGGACGCCAAAGAGAGACAGGAGGAGAGGACUUUUGUCAUGUCCGCUCGCAUAUCGGUUGCCAUCUUGUGGCUCAUUGUGGCCAGGCUAGAAGGUAACACAGCGGCUGGCAACAGUGGCGAGAGGGUACACAUACGUCUGCACAUGCCGGAAGUUGUGCGCCAGCACACGCACUUCCACAAGGUCUACAAGCACUUCCCCCUACCAGUGGUGCCACCACAACAACUGAUGCCCGUUGCCGCGCCGCCCAUGGGCAAGCCGCAUGUCUCGCUGCUGGGCUACACGACAACGGCGAGCGGCAGCGGCGGCAUGGCGUCCAGCGUAAAGCAACUGAUGGCCACGGCCGACACGCCCAUGGCCAUGUCGAUGGCCACACUGAAGCCGAAGUAUGGGCCCGCUCUGUUUGACAACUACAAUCAGCAGCAGGGGGCAGAGUUGAAGGCGACAUUGCCAUCAACAACGCCAGCUACACAAUUGCUGCAACAGUUGCUGACAUCCAUCAAAGCUGCACAGCAGCAGCGUUUGCAACAGCAGAUGGAAAUGGAAGCGGAACCGGAGACUGAAACGGAACUGGAACCGGAACUCGAGAACAAUGAGCUGCUCAAUGGCAACUUGAUGGCUGCCCUGCAGCGCGAAUAUCUAGCCAAGUUCGCGGGCCGACAGCAAAAACGCAAGAAGGUCAAUCACUUGAGCAAGCCGCAGAACAGACCCAGACAGAAGCCGCAGCAGUUGCUGUCGAACAGCGGGGAGCAGUUCGACGAUUACCAGGACGAGAUGGACACGCGCUACGCGGAGCCAGAUGAGCCCAACGAACAGUAUCUGGAUGCAGCCAAAUCCUGGGCAGAGCUGGGCGAAAACGAGGACGACAGCGCCGCAGCAUUCAGUGGACAACAUAAUGCGCUUAGUUCGGUGCCCAGUGUCGAUGAUUUUCUGAACGAAGUCGGCGGCAAGUCCUAUGCACCCUACUAUGGCAGCAUGUACAAUCAAUAUGGCAGCACUGCAUACACGGACAGCAGAUACAACGAAUAUGGCAACACUGACAGCAUGUACAAUGACUAUGACAACAUCGAUCCCACAGGCGGAUCUGUUUGGCAGGCCACGCCCGCAGCUGCAUACAACAGCUAUCCGCGACCCACUAAGGCCACGCCCAUACGACCACGACCACGUCAGCGAGCUCGGCCAAGCGCUCCGGCAACGAGCUCGACCAGACCAGGACAAAAUGGCGGCAAAAUGAGAUACGUCAAGCUGACGACACGUAAGAAACGCAAGAAUCGCAUCAGAGCGAAAAGAUAUCGCAUUUAGAGAUAGGCUGCGUAGUUACUUAUUAACGGUUAGCAUACUUUUCUGAGUCACUCUGCAGUUGGAUCGGGCAUCUAAACUCAAACUUAGUAUUACACACAUAUAAAUAUUGUUAUGUUUUGAUGUUUUGUAGUAAAAAUUUUAGUAGAAACGCAGCAAAUGUUUUCCUUUCUCUUUAGUUUUUAAAGUGGAGCAUUCGUUGUUCAACACUGGAAAAGGCUGCAUUUGUUAACCAUAAUUUGUAUAGAGUUUCCAUCUUUGUUCGAGCUGUCCAAUUAGACGUAAGCGUGAUAAAAAAAAAUGGUAACAUUCCUUUUAAGGAAAGUAAUGAGAAAAUUGAACAGCAAAAUCCCAUUUCUCUAUGACAGAGUUGCCAUUUACUUUAAGGAACUUAAUUGAAUAAUCUAUAAAGUAACCGGAAAACUCAUCUCUCAGCCAGAGGCCCAUAUCUAGUAUCAGGAAAUAUUUUAUAAAAUUAAUGAAAAAGCCAUUUUCCAUUGACAACAAAUUUCAAUUUUAACUUCCUUCUUAGCCACUUGGUAAUAGUUCACUACAGUAUGCCAAAUAAUCUCGUAAAAUCUAUGAGAUCAACUCAGUUAAGCA